AUGGCUGACGAGGACCGAGCGCUUACCGAAGAUGAGAAACGAGCACGCAAGAAAGCCGAUCGAGAACGUAAACGUCAAGAAGCUCGUGAUGCGGCGGAAAAGAAGAAACGAUUCGGUUUAACACCUGAAAAGAAGAGAAAACUUCGUCUUCUUAUCAUGAAAAUGGCUACAGACAAUCUUAAAGGCGAACAACAACGUCGUUUAGAAGCACGUAAAAACUAUAUCGAACAACGCUUGAAACCACUUGACGAUCUUUCGUCAAUGAGCGAAUCUCAAUUGAAAGCACUCUGCCAAGAACUUCAUAACCAAUUGAAAACAACGGAAGAAAGUCGUUACGAUUUCGAAGUCAAGAUUCGAAAACAAGAUUACGAUAUCAACGAAUUGAACAUCAAAAUCAACGAUAUCAAAGGUAAAUUUGUUAAACCAUCACUCAAGAAAGUCUCGAAGACGGAGCAAAAAUUGAACAAAAUCAAAAAGCCCAAAGAAGACGAACCUAACUUCAUUAACAUGGCUAAUCUGAAACAAACCACCAAUAAGUUUGCUCUCAAAGAAGAACAAAAAGAAGAGGAAAAAAUCAAUUUUCGUGAUCAAAUUCAACUGAAAUCAGCCAAAGAACACCGAGAAGAAGAAGCUUAA